AUGCCAGGCUGGCACUGUGCCAGGCACUAUCUGAACCUGUGGUCCUGGACGGUGGGCAGACUGAGGGUGUCCCAGGCUUCGAAGGUGUGGGGGGAGGUCCCAUUGCCAGAGGAUUUGGAGGCGGAGAAAAAAGUACAGGCUUCACACAGUUUACUGGACGAUGACGAAGACUUUGCUGCAGAUGAAGCUUCGGGAGAUCUGCCCAGUGGAGAGGACGAUGGAAGUGGCCCAUGGUCAUCAGUCACCUCAAUUUAUUACCGAGCUCUUGUCAACUUCACGGACUCCCUGGUGUGGACCCCAGACUUUGAAAACAUCUUCUCUCCGGCAUUCACCGAGGUUUCGGACGCUGUGGUUGAUACGCUGGAGUCAGAAUAUAACAGAAUCCCAGGAGUCCAGACGGUCAGCGUGGUCCUCAUCAAGGAAAUGGUUGGAAACGGUGUUAUAAGCGUAUUUGUGGAGCUUGACGUGGGUUCGGACUACAACAAAAACGAUGAUCAGAUCCGCAGUGUUUUGUACAACGUAGUGAAAGAAGGAGCUAUUGCGUCCUACGUCACCUCCGUUCAAGGAUUUGAGUUCAGGCGCCUCGGAGAAGCCUCUCCUCCUUCAGUGGAACCUUUAGCUAUCCCAGUGACGCCCAGCCUCCGGUCGUGUAUGCCAGAUGAACACCGGUGUAAUGAUGGAACCUGCAUCCUCAUGGAAUAUCUGUGCGACAACCGACCCGACUGCAGAGACAUGAGUGACGAGCUUAACUGUGAAACAAAGCCUCCCGUUGUACCGAUAACUCCUGCUCCUGUCACCACCACCCCCACCACCACCACCACCACCACUACCUCGGUCCGGAAGACCACGUACCAGCGUCCCUGCAGAGUGGACCAGGCCACGUGUCAGAGCGGAGAGUGCAUCCCGCGGGACUACAUCUGUGACGGCCAGAGGGACUGUUCCGAUGGCAGUGACGAGUUCCGAUGCGGGACCCCCUCUCCAUGUGAACCUAAUGAGUUUAAGUGCAAAAAUGGCCGCUGUGCUCUGAAACUGUGGCGCUGUGAUGGAGACAAUGACUGUGAGGACAACUCUGAUGAACUCGACUGUCCCACAAAGGGUCCCAGUGACAGAUGUGCCCCAGAGCAGUUUGAGUGCCUGAGUGACCGCACAUGUAUCCCGGCCAGUUACCAGUGUGACGAGGAGCCCGACUGCCCCGAUCGAUCUGACGAGUACGGCUGCACCUCUCCUUCGGUGACGGUCCCCCCAGAGGAGUCCAUGCAGGUGGCGCGAGGCUCUACAGUCACAUUCAGCUGCCAGGCCAGCGGAGUGCCCACCCCCAUCAUCUCCUGGAGGCUCAACUGGGGACACAUCCCAGGCAGCGCCAGGAUCACCAUGACAAGUGAAGAUGGGCGUGGCACUCUGACAAUUCGAGAUGUUAAAGAAACAGACCAGGGGGCCUACACCUGUGAGGCUAUCAACGCUAAAGGCCUUGUGUUUGGGAUUCCUGAUGGAGUCCUUACACUGACCACUUCCUCCAACCUCGGAAACUGUCCCGAUGGUCAGUUCAGCGUGGACGGCCGCUGCUUGUCCUGCUUCUGUGCCGGAGUUUCAAAGAACUGCAAAUCAACCGGUCGCUACCGAGACCAAAUCAGCCUGCGCUUCACUGAGGAGGAUGACUACAAAGGAGUGAAUGUGAGUUUCCCUUCACGUCCUGGGACUCCUCCGCUGUCGUCUACACAGCUCCUGAUAAACCCAGAGGAGCGCGAGUUUCAGCUUGUCGAUCUGUCAAGACGCUUUCUCAACCUGGACUCGUUCUGGACUCUACCACGGCAGUUUCUCGGCAACAAAAUUGACUCGUAUGGAGGAUCGCUAAAGUACAAAGUGCGUUUCACAUUGGCUCGCGGCCAGUCCGAGCCUGUGGAGAAGCCUGAUGUGAUCAUGGUGGGAAAUGGACGCAGACUCGUUUAUCGCAGAGGCAACCCCACUCCUCCGAGAGAAACUAACUCCAAAGACAUCAAGUUCACUGAGCAAAACUGGCAGCACUCAAACGGCCGGCCUGUGAGUCGCGAGGAGCUGAUGAUGACUCUGGCCAAUCUGGACAGCAUCAAUAUCCGGACCAUCUACGACAACCACAUGGUGAGCGUGGCCCUAAGCGACAUCCUCAUGGACACCACCAACCGGGAGUUCAGGACCUCAGGACACGCCAAAGACGUGGAGGAGUGCAGAUGUCCUCCUGGAUACUCUGGUCUGUCUUGUGAGAUGUGCUCCACUGGAUUCGAGCGAGUUCCUGGAGGCCAGUAUCUGGGCACCUGUGCAGGCUGCAACUGUAACGGACACGCCAGCGCCUGUGACCCUGUUAGCGGACACUGUCUGAGCUGCCAGCACCACACAGAGGGCCCUCAGUGCGAUAAGUGUCGCCCUGGUUUCUUUGGUGACCCGACCCGGGGUCGCACUGAUGACUGCAAACCCUGCCCCUGUCCGUACUACGAGACGUCCCGACGGUUUUCUGACACUUGCUUUUUGGAUGUUGAUCAACAAGCAACAUGUGAUGCCUGUAGACCUGGAUACACUGGAAGACGAUGUGAAAAAUGUGCACCUGGUUAUCAGGGAAACCCCCUCCAGCCCAAUGGAAAAUGUGUACCUGUCUCCAGCCCCUCCACGUGUGAUAACAGGGGAACCAUCAGCUCCAGCAGCAGACCCUGUAACUGCAAGAACAAUGUGGCAGGAGCUCAGUGCGAUGAAUGUAAGCCUGGCUUCUUCCACCUCUCAGAGGCCAAUCCGGAGGGCUGUCUGCAGUGUUUCUGUAUGGGCGUCACCAAACAGUGCGCCAGCUCCACUUGGAACAGAGAUCAAGUGCGUGGAGGAGUAAAUGGGCAACUCUUCACUUUAUCCAAUAGUGCCAACACUAAAACUAUUUCUCAAGGCAUCACUCAAAGAGGCACCUCUGAAAUCGUCUACCGCUCCUUUGUCGACAGCGACAUUUACUUCUGGGUGCUACCACAGAGCUUCAGGGGAGAUAAGGUGACAGCGUAUGGUGGAGAGUUGCAUUACACGGUGCGCUUUGAGCCCAGGCAACGCUCUUUGGUCACCGACAACCAGCCAGAUGUGGUCCUCCAGGGAAACGGAAUCUUUUUGGAGCAUUUUUCAAAAGCCAAAGUGUCACCACGAGUUUCACAAAUCAUCACUGUUCUUUUUAGAGAGUCUGCCUGGAGAAGGGCAGAUGGACAGCCCUGCACUCGGGAGCACCUUCUUAUGGCUCUCGCUGAUAUUUCUUCCUUCAUGAUCCGAGCCACGUAUGCUGACAACAUGGCUGAAAGCAGCAUUUCCGAUAUCAAAAUGGAUAUUGCCGUUCCUCACUCCACUGGUAAUGAACGAGCUUUAGAGGUAGAAGAUUGCGCUUGUCCCCAGGGAUACAGAGGAGCGUCCUGCCAGGAGUGCGCUGAAGGCUACACUCGAACCAGCUCUGGACUAUACUUGGGCACAUGUGAGCGGUGCGACUGCCAUGGACAUGCUGGCUCCUGUGAUCCAGAGACUGGUGCAUGUUUGCAAUGUCUCCACAAUACCGAGGGACCGAGGUGUGACCGCUGUCAGACCGGUUACUAUGGAAACCCGGCAAGAGGUGGCGCCCAGGCCUGCCAACCCUGCCCCUGUCCAGGAACUGCAUCCAGCAACCAAUUUUCUGCGACCUGCCGCUUGGACUCCGACGGCCAGCCAACCUGUGACAGCUGUCCUGUUGGUUAUUCUGGACGUCGCUGUGAGAGAUGUGCUCCAGGAUACUAUGGAAACCCGCAGCUUGGACAGAGGUGCUCCCGGGACAAUUCGCUCAAUGGUAACUGCUACAACUGUGACCAAGGUGGAAGUGAAGGCUGCAGUGGUAGCGUUUGCCGCUGCAAGAUGAACGUUGAAGGGCAGUCCUGCUCCAGCUGUAAACAGGGUACUUUCCACCUCAGCCCACAGAACAAAGAUGGCUGCCUGUCCUGUUUCUGCAUGGGAGUCACCCAGCAGUGCUACAGCUCCAACUACUACAGGGACUUGGUGACCUCUGAGUUCACUCCGGGAAACUUCCAAGGUUACGCGUUGGUGAAUCGUCAGCGCACGGCUCGUAUCACUACAGGCUUCACGGUGGAGAUCUCCACGUCUGGAACUCAGCUUUCCUACAGCAACUUUGACAAUGUGUUACAAGAGCCUCACUUCUGGCAGCUUCCAGGAUCCUAUCAAGGAGACAAGAAACGAUCUAUCAUUUCUCGUGCAAAGCGAGCAGAGCAGAGUGAUUCAGUUUCGCCAGAUGAGCAGCUAAAGAAGGACACUUCUGUCUGGGACCUAAUGGAUUCCGAGCGCAAAGGCCGACGGAAAUCCAAGCGAGCUGCGCAGCCUCCGCACUGGGACCUGGAUGACGAAGUUUGGGCUCUCAUGAAUAACUUCUCCCAUGGUGGAAAUGGCCGCUCUGCAUUCCUCAUCCCCUCCUCCGCUUCUAAAACCUCAUAUUUCUCUUCCUCCUCCUCUUCCUCUUCAUCUCGAGUACCGACCACCUCUUCUUCCUCGGCUCGAUGGUCUUUGCGAAACUUAAGUCCUCCCUCCCCCUCGUCUGGCUCGCUCUCUGCAGUCAGGCCCACUCGACCUCAGUCCUCCUCCCCUGGCCAUCGUGAUCAGAGUAAGAACGCAGUGAGCAAGACCGUGGUUAGUUCAUCUGGAGACCAGUACUCUCUGGUCUACAAAGGUUUCAGCUCAAACCAGAACGAGCCGCUCUUCUGGCAGCUCCCAGAACAGUUCACUGGGGACAAGGUGGGUUCAUAUGGCGGCAAACUCAAGUACACCAUCUCCUAUGUGGCCGGGCCCCGAGGAACCUUGCUGGAUGACGCCGAUGUGCAGAUUAUCGGCAAUGACAUAACGCUGGUUGCGCGAAAGCCUUGGAGCAGCAGGCAGCCUGGGAGCAAAGAGACUCAACCGUUCGAGAUUGUCUUCAGAGAGGAACACUGGAGUCGCCCUGAUGGACUGCCCGCCACUCGAGAGCACUUGAUGAUGGUUCUGGCCGACCUGGACGACAUUUUGAUCCGCGCCUCAUAUUCCACAGAGAUGCGCUCGUCCAGCAUCUCUGGCGUCAGCAUGGAGGUUGCGGUGCCCAACUACACUGGACUGGCCCAGGCCCUGGAAGUCGAGCAGUGCCGCUGCCCAGCCGGGUACCAGGGACUGUCCUGUCAGGACUGUGCCUCUGGAUACACUCGUACAGGAGGAGGUCUGUACUUGGGUCACUGUGAACUGUGUGAAUGCAACGGACACUCGGACUCCUGCCACCCAGAAACCGGGAUGUGCUCCAGCUGUCUGCACCACACUCAGGGCGAGAUGUGUGAGCAGUGUGCCCCCGGCUUCUUUGGAGACCCCACUGUCGGAACACCUGAGGACUGUCAGACCUGUGCCUGUCCCCACACUGACCCAGAGUACCAAUUCUCUCCCACCUGCGAAAGCCUUGGAAACGGAGGUUAUCAGUGCACUGCGUGUCAGCAUGGAUACACCGGCCAGUACUGCGAGCGCUGUGCUCCUGGAUACGUUGGCAACCCGCAGGCCAGAGAGAAGUGCCGGCUCAGUGAUGAGGCUGCCUCUCUGGUGGUGAAGGUGUAUCCAGAGCGCGUGCAGGCGACUUCAGGGGCCUCUGUGACUCUCAGGUGUCAGGGCUCUGGUCCAUCUCCACAUUACUUCUACUGGUCCAGAGAAGACGGACGUCCCAUCUCCUACAGCGCAGAGAGACGCAGACAGGGAGCAGAGUUGUACUUUGGGAGUGUGAGCCCGAGUGACGCUGGCGUUUACAUUUGCACCUGCAGAGACCAGAGAAGCACCAACAGAAGCCGUGCUGAAAUCAUCGUCACAAGCCCUCCAUCCAAACCCAUUGAAGUGACUGUAGAGGAGCCCACGUCCCAGACUGUGAGAGUCGGUGCAACAAUAAGCUUCAUCUGUACUGCAAAGAGCAAGUCCCCUGCCUACACUUUGGUCUGGACUCGUCAAGGGAACGGCAAACUCCCCAACCGCGCCAUGGACUUUAACGGCAUCCUGACCAUCCACAGCGUGCAGCCGGAGGACGCGGGGGUCUACGUCUGCACCGGCUCCAACAUGUUUGCUAUGGACGAGGGCAGCGCCAUCCUCUACGUGCCAGAGGCCUCUCAGACUCAGAUGUUUUACACAGCCUAUGAAAUGUUUGAAGGACACAGAAAGCCAGCAGAUGGGGUGCAGCCGGUGGCCUCGGUCAGUCCAUCCGUGCUGAACGUGCAGCCGGGACAGAGCGCCGAGUUCCGCUGCACUGGGAGCGGCAGCCCCACACCGGCCGUCGAAUGGAUCGUUGCCCCAGGGAGCAGGCUGAGUUUGCGGGCACAGGUCCAAGGUGGGCUGUUGUCCUUCUCUGCUGUGGACGUGUCUGACCAGGGCGAGUUCAUCUGCAAGGCCCUCAACACUCAUGGGGAGCACACAGCGAGAGCCUCACUCAUCGUACAGCAGUCCAAUCCGAGUGGUUUAGGUUCCCAGCCUCAGGUACAGAUCAGUCCACAGUCGGCUGAGGUCCAUGAAGGAGAUAGUCUGAGGCUGUACUGCAGAGCGACCGGAUCUCCCACCCCCAAACUCACUUGGCUGAAAAACGGAGGACCAGUGCCCCCCCAGGCCAUUCCCUCUCACGGUUUCCAUCAGUUUAAAAGCAACAGUCUCGAUGUGUUACAGAGACGUAUUGGAGAAUUGCAGGCUCGUCUGGACCGCACUGACAUCGGCACUCUGCUCAUCCCAAACAUCCGCCUGUCGGACUCUGGCGCGUACACGUGUGUGGGCAGCAACAUCCAUGGCUCCAACAGCGCGCCCAUCAAAGUCACAGUGCUCAGAGCGGACCACGUGUCCACUGGCGUCACAAUCCAGCCGUCUGUGGCAGAUGUUCAGGAAGGGCAGAGUCUGGAUCUAACCUGCUUCUUUCAUGGAGUCCCUCCUUCGCAGGUCACAUGGACCAGAGCCAGCGGCCGUCUCUCCUCCAAUCACCAGAUUUUGGGAAACCAGCUGCGUAUCCUGUCCGCAACCCCUGAGGACUCAGGGGAAUAUAUCUGUCAAGUGCAGGGCCCCUACGGAAGCCCGGGAGGUCAAAUCCGCCAGUCCUCAGUCUCUGUGUCAGUGACCUCAUCAGGCUCACCGGUGUCCACAGGUGUUACGAUCCAGCCGUCUGUGGCAGACGUUCAGGAAGGGCAGAGUCUGGAUCUAACCUGCUUCUUUCAUGGAGUCCCCGCUUCACAAGUCACAUGGACCGGACCAUGGACUGGAGUCAGUGGGCGCCUCUCCUCCAAUCACCAGAUUUUGGGAAAUCAGCUGCGUAUCCUGUCCGCCACCCCGGAGGACUCUGGGGAGUAUAUCUGUCAAGUCCAGGCCCCCUACGGAAGCCCAGGAGGUCAAAUCCGCCAGUCCUCUGUCUCUGUGUCUGUGACCUCAACGAGCUCACGUCUCCAGAGUCCUAUCAUCGGCACAGAGCCGCACUCUGCUGCAGUGCAUGUCGGGGAAACGGUCAGCUUCAGGUGUAAAGUUUACAGUGGGGCUGAACCGGUGAGGAUGGAGUGGAAGACCACUGAUAACCAGCCUCUGCCAGAAAAUACCAAAGUCAGCCCUGAUGGUUCAGUUCUUACCAUUGUGAGCGCUCGUCCUAGUAACCAUGGAGCUUAUCGUUGUGUAGCCAGUAACCCCUUCGGCAUCACCCAAACCAUCGUGUCUUUGAUCGUCAGAGGUUCCACAGACCACCCAGUAAUCACUGUGAGUCCGGCGGGUCCUGUGCGCGUCAGAGAGGGAGAGCCCAUAACCCUGGAUUGCCAGAGCUCCGGAGAAUCCCAGGUCUUAGUGUCCUGGCACCGACUGGACAGGAACAUGAGAAUGAUGAAAAGCAGCCAGAUCCCCAUGGAGUCCAACGCUGUCCUGCAGAUCCUGGCUGCUCGUCCUGAAGACACUGGGAUGUAUGUGUGUGUGGCUCAGUACGGUGAAGUCACCACAGAGACUAGGGUGCGAGUGUUUGUGGAGGGGGGUUCCGCACUUCCCACAGUGCCUCGCGUCUCUGCUCCUGAACCCCUGAUGAUUGUGGUGGAGGGACAGGCGGCCACUCUGCGUUGUGACGGAUACGGUGUCCCAGCUCCAACCAUCUCCUGGUCGAAGAGGCGCGCCCCCAUGCCCUGGGGACACAAGCUGGUGGGCAACGUGCUGAUCCUCCCGGCUGUGGGACGUCAGGACUCUGGAGAAUAUGUUUGCACAGCAUCCAACCGGAUGGGCACCACUGAGGCCAUCGUCACCCUAGAAGUGGAGAGUCCGCCACACACAACCUCAACCCUGGACGACGUGGCAGUGCGUGUGGGUGAGGUGAUCAGGCUGCAGUGUCUGGCUCACGGCACUCCUCCGCUCAGCUACACCUGGACUAAAGUGGGGGGAGACCUGCCGUCCAGAGCCACGGCCGAAGACGGAGAUCUGCAAAUCAAUCUGGCAACCGCUGAAGACGCCGGGAGCUACAAGUGCGUGGUCAGCAACCGAGUGGGCAGCAGCGAAGUGGUGCUCAACGUCAACGUGAGAUCCCCACUCUCGGUGAAGGUGUCCCCGCAGGUGGAAGUGAAAGCUCAGGGCAGCGCAGUGGAGUUCACCUGUUCGGCUGCAGGGGGCGCUGAUACACAGAUCGAGUGGUUGAAGGAGGGAGGAGUCCUGCCUCUGAACCACCACGUCAAGGAGGGAGUGCUCAGGAUUGAGAAUCUAGAGCAGAGCAAUGAAGGUGUUUACAUCUGCAGAGCCACAAGUGCCUACGGUCAAGCGCAGGACACGGCCAGACUGACCAUCCAGGCUCUGCCCAAAGUUAUGAUAAACGUGCGCACCUCGGUCCAGACGGUGAUGAUUGGAAACUCGGUGGAGUUUGAGUGCCAGGCGGUGGGGGACCCUCAGCCCACAGUCAGGUGGAGUAAAGUGGGCGGAGCUCUGCCCUCUCACAUCGUGGUGAAGGGCGGUAUGUUGAAGAUCGAGCAGGUGACGGAGGCCGACGCUGGACAGUACCGCUGCACCGCCACCAACGAUGUGGGCUCUGUGCAGUCUCAGGUGGUCCUCAACGUACAGUCUUUGCCUCAGAUCACUGCUCUGCCCGAAACCAAAGAGGUGAACGUUGGUUCUGAUGCGGUCUUACCCUGUGUGGCGUCCGGAUACCCACAGCCUGAGAUCAAAUGGUCCAAGCUGUUUGGAAAUCUGCCCGUGAAGUGUUCCCAGGAGGGCCAUGUUCUAACCGUUCCUCGAGUUUCUCAUGAAGACUCUGGCACCUACGUCUGCACGGCCUCCAACAAGCAGGGCAAAGUGGAGGCCUUCACCUCUCUGCAGGUCCACGAGAGAGUGAUGCCGUACUUCGCCCAGGAUCCUUUGUCCUUCCUCACGUUGCCAACCAUCAAGAACGCUUACAAGUCAUUCAGCAUCAAGAUCAACUUCAGACCCGACAAUGUUGACGGUCUCAUAUUGUACGCUGGUAUGAUUCUUUACAAUGGACAGAAGAGGAGCACAGGAGCGGACUUUGUCUCUCUUGGACUUGUGGGAGGUCGCCUGGAAUUCAGGUUUGACGUGGGUUCAGGCAUGGCAACUAUUCGUGACCCUAAUCCAAUCAAAGUAGGCGAGUUUCACACUGUGGAGUUUUACCGAAAUCUGACCCUGGGUUACAUCAGCGUGGACGAAGGAGAGCUCAUUAACGGCACCUCACAGGGUAAAUUCCAAGGCCUGGAUCUGAAUGAAGAGCUUUAUUUGGGCGGUUACCCCAACUACACACUGCUCACCAAGACCGCAGGGAUCAAGACUGGGUUUGUGGGUUGUAUCCGUCAGCUGAUCAUCCAGGGAGAGGAGGUUAUCUUCAAAGACCUGGACCGAAGCUCCACUGGGGUCACAAACUGCCCCACAUGCAAAGACGAUCCAUGCCAGAACGCUGGCAGAUGUGAGGACUCAGAGGCCAGUCUUUACAAGUGCAGCUGUGCUCGAGGCUUCACCGGCAGCAACUGUCAGCACCACGUGUCUCUGCACUGUCACACUGAGGCCUGUGGACCAGAUGCCACCUGUAUCAAUCGUCCAACUGGUUUGUUUUAUGACUGUCGCUGUCAUUUGGGAAAGUUUGGAGACAAAUGCAUGGGAGGAGAGCUGGUGACCACUCCUCUGUUUGAUGGGAAGUCCUCGUUCAUCACGUAUCCUCCUCUGACAAACAUCCACGACGAUCUACGCGUUGAGCUGGAGUUUAAACCUCAGAGCCCCAACGGCCUCAUGUUCUUCUCCGGAGGCAAAAAGAUGAAGGUGGAGGACUUUGUUUCCAUCUCUGUGGUGAACGGACACGUGGAGUUCAGAUAUGAGCUGGGCACAGGCCAAGCCGUCCUGCUGAGCCCUGAGCCCGUGUCCAUCGGGCAGUGGCAUCGGGUGGUGGCGGAGCGUGUGAGGAAGGACGGGUACCUGCAGGUGGAUCAGGGCCCUGUGGAGAAGCUCUCGUCUCCGGGUAAAGCCCAAGGUCUGAACAUCCACACGCCCAUGUAUCUCGGAGGAGUUCCCAACAUGGAGAUCCUGCCCAAACCUGCCAACAUCAGCACCAUGUUUAACGGCUGCAUAGGAGAGGUGCUCAUCAACAACAAGACCGUGGACUUGUCGUACAGCUUCACUGAGAGCCAUAGCAUCAAUAAAUGUGUGGACACCAGCCCAUGCGACCGGCGGCCAUGUUUGAACGGGGGAGACUGCAUGCCCAACGCAGAGUACGAGUACCAGUGUCUCUGCAAAGACGGAUUCGAGGGUGAACGGUGUGAGGUGGUGAAGGACGUCUGCCAGACGGACGGUCAGUGUCUGAACGGGGGCAGCUGUGUGGGGGGGCAGUGUGUGUGCGCCCCUGGACACUCCGGCCCUACCUGCUCUGAGAAUUCACCCUAUCAUUACGCAGCUCACUUUGACAACAAUGGAUUCAUCACUCUUCCUAAAGCUGUCUUCCCAAGAAGCGCCCCAGACUCCCCAGAGACCAUUGAACUGGACAUCAACACCAGUUCAUCUGAAGGUCUAAUCCUGUGGCAGGGAGUGGAGCAGGGAGAUCACGGCAAAGGCCAAGACUUCAUCAGCCUGGGACUACACAAAGGAUACCUCGUUUUCAGUUAUCAGUUGGGCAGUGGAGAGGCACAGCUCCGGUCCAGGAGACCCAUCAAUGACGGACAGUGGCACAAAAUUACUGCAGUCAGGACCGGGAAAGACGGCUACAUCCAGAUCGACGGAGAACCAGCGCUGCAUGGACAGUCCAAAGGCAAAAGCCUGAUGGUCAACACUAAAGGCAGUAUAUACUUAGGUGGCGCUCCAGACAUGCCGAAACUCACCGGGGGCAAGUUCUCCUCUGGGAUCAGCGGCUGCGUGAGAAACCUGUCCAUGAUGAACGGCAAACCUGGACAAACCCCGGCUCAGUCUAUCGAGCUCCAAUCUCACCACGCGGUCAACACGACCACCUCUGGACCUCCUCUGGGCCGCUCCAUCACCGCUGACUACAGCAUUUGUGUCCUCCACGCACUUUGUGCAGGUUUCUGCCCCUGCUGUUCAGACAAGAUCAUGAUCCUGCUGACUCCCUCUGGGGUGUUUCAGUGUGAAAACAAGCUGGGCCUGAGUGAGCGCGCUGGGGUACAUCUCAAAGAGUUUGCCCGAAAGAACGCGGCCAAUGCCCUCUCCGUGGCCAACAUGGUGAUGGGCAUGACCUCCAUCCUCUGCAGCCUCAGCGGGCAGCAUCACGCAGCCUGUUGGCUCGUUCUGAUUGGCUACAUGCUGGACUUGGCCGAUGGCGCCGUGGCCCGGAGGCUGGACGCCUGCUCUGCUCUGGGAGCAAAGCUGGACGACUUUGCAGACUUCACCACUUUCGGCAUUGCCACGUCGUUGCUGCUCAGGACCCCCGAGCUGCUGGACAACCUGCUGUGCAUGUGCUACGUCCUGUCCGUGUUCGCACGCCUCUGCUUCUUCUCUAGUGGGAUCCCGUUCAUGUACCGUGGUCUGCCGUGCAUCUACGCGUCUGCCAUCUUGGCUAGUGCGUCUCUGCUGUCGGGGGGAAACAUGGCGCUGCUCCGGUUGAUCGCGGUGCCCAUGAUCCUGUUCAUGAUCAGCCAAACCUUCUACCCACACGACCGCGUCCUGGAGUCUCAGGCCUGGAAGAAGGCUGUCUAUGCAGGAGGAGUGGUGAUGGUGUUCUGCUCGUCCUUCCCUCCGGCCUGUGUGUACUACCUGCUCUGGUCCGUCUCCUACAUCCUGUUCCCCACCUCACUCUGGAGCAGCAAAGUGUGA